GCAAACAUUUAUUGGUUGAUUUGAUGCGGAGAUAUGGUCGCUUCCGCAGCAAAUACAGAACUGUAGUCUCUCCGGCUUCAUUUUCAGCUUGUCUCCUCUGUUCUUCGGCCACUCACUAGCUACACAGACGCGUCGCACGCAUUGAUCAGGUGGCGGGGUGUUGCAGAGAAAAGAAGGCUCGACAAAAUGACGGAGGCGACGAUCCGGACGAAGCCGGGGAUGGCGAGCGUGAAGGAUAUGCCAUUGCUACAGGACGGCCCUCCGCCGGGAGGUUUCGCGCCGGUACGCUACGCCCGCCGCAUACCGACAAAGGGUCCAAGUGCCCUCGCAAUCUUUCUCACCGCGUUCGGUGCCUUCUCCUGGGGCAUGUACCAGGUCGGCCAAGGCAACAAAAAACGCAGGGCAAUCAAGGAAGAAAAAUAUGCUGCGCGUAGAGCAAUACUGCCUAUGCUUCAAGCAGAAGAGGAUGAGAGAUUUGUCAAAGAGUGGAAGAAGUAUCUGGAGUAUGAAGCCAGCGUAAUGAAGGAUGUGCCUGGCUGGAAGGUGGGUGAAAGUGUCUACCAUUCUAAGAGAUGGAUGCCCCCAGCAUCUGGUGAGCUCCGUCCUGACGUCUGGUGAAUGGUAGCAUUCUACUGCAGUUUGUUUUGUGAUGUAUUGUAUCUGAAAUGCUUUUAAGUUUUCCAUCACCGGACUGUUCUUGUCAUGCAACUUUUUUCACUGCGGUGGGAUGUGAGGGGACUCUGUAUUUUCCCCUUCAUAGGGAAAGAAAGAAAAAUGUUCAAAUAAUAAUUCCUUGUGGGAAAUUUUCAACAUAAA